UGUAUCCAACAUAUAGUGCUGAUAAGAAUUAUCUUGUUAUAACAAACAACAUUCCUGUUCACAGGUUUUCUAACGUAGUGAGCUAGUAAUGUUUUAAGUGAUUGUUUAACAAAUAUUACUUCAACAAACAUUGUUGAAAGGCAUAUAAAAUGUGUAUAUGAAUUUUUAAAGUUUACAAAAUCACACAGUUUUUAGAAACCUUAAAUUAUUAAUGUGAAAUGGAUAAAUUAAUAGAAAGUGUGAUUUAAAGAUCAUGCCAUAACAAGGUCUUCAAUAUAAAGAACACUGCAUGAUGGACCUGUAGGAUUCAAUGAUUUUAUUGCUACUAUGCCGGGUAACAAAGAUUAACAAGAUAAUUCUGACCAUAGUGUUAGCAGUAUGUACAUUCUAUGUAGUGAAUGGUCAGCAAUUGCACUGUUGGCAUUGCGUGGCAGACGACUGUUCUAAAGACCCCAGUGAUAAUUAUAAAGCUUCCGAAAAAUUAUGUAGUGCUGGACAAUCAUGUCAGAAAGUUUAUUUUGAAAUGGAGGAAGAGAAUGAUGAUGGAGAAUUCAUUGCCUUACACACAUCAACUGUUCGGGGAUGCUCUCAUAACUGUAUAGAAAGAAAUGAUUUUGUAAAUUGCACGAAACAAUUAAAAACAUCACGUGGUUGUGUUCGUAAAAAUUGUUGUGAUGACGAUGAUUUGUGCAACAGUGCUAAUGAAACUUCACAUAAUUUAAUUUAUUAUAUGAUAUUGUUACUGUGUCUGUUUAGAAUACGUUCAUUUAUUUUCUUUAUGAGAACUUUGUAGCCUCUGGAACCAGUUUCCAAAUAGCUCGAUUUCUUUGUUGCUGGUGUUGUUUUCUUCAACUGUUUAUUACUUUUAAAUAACUUUUUGUCCUCUAUAUGUAUGUCCUCUGUAUGACGUCCUCUAUAUGUAUGACCUCUAUAUGUGUCCUGUUUAUAUGUACAUUAUGUCCCCUAUAUGACGUCUUCUAUAUGUAUAGCCUCUAUAUCUAAUUACUCUAUAUGAAGAUCCUCUAUAUGUAGAUAUGGCUCACAUUUAUUAAACGUAUAGUAGAAUAAAAAAAAGUUCAUUUUGUAGGUUCGAGUGUAUAAUGAAGUCUACAUCGAAAACUUUAAGGAUAAUAUUUGCUAGAUUAGUUGACUUAGCAUUCAGUUUGGUAAAUGUUUUAAAUACAUUUUCUUCCUUAAUUAAACUGUUAAUCAUUUCAAAUAUUGUUAUUUCUAAAUUUUGUUAUUGCUUAGGCUUCAGUUAUGACCGUACUUUUCUUUUUACAUUAUGUAUAUUUGCAAGUGCAUUUGUAUUGCUACCCUCGUUUUGCUUUAUAAUUAUUCAAUGUUGAACUCACAGGGUUUGGUCUGCUAAUAAAUGUUCUAUAGAAGAC